UUCUCUUUCUUCACUCUUCAGUCUCCACUUUCUCUGAAGCAUUCUCACUCUCUCUCUCUAACCAUAGCUGCAGAAGCUCAGAAAUGUUGGUCGCGUUUUAGAGAGAGAGAGAAGCUGCUGCAAUCCUUGGAAAUCCACCUGCAGCGAGAGCAUUUUCAUUUUGCGCUUUGUCCUGUUCUCAUUUUCUGAAACGACGGAGUAAGCUGCCAUUGCCGCCCUUUGCCCUGAAUCUCUCGGUACGUCGAGUGAAGCUUUGAUAUGGCUGGUGUACGGUAUGCACCAGAAGACCCUUCACUUCCAAAGCCAUGGAAAGGACUGGUUGAUGGUAAUACUGGAAAUCUAUACUUCUGGAACCCCGUGACCAAUGUUACCCAGUAUGAGAAACCUGUUGCCUCCCCUGUUGUGAGCUCGGCAGUUGAUAGUGAUGCUUUGGGUUCAUCUGCUCAAAAGGACUCACAGUGCCGUGAUGAAGGCAGAAACGACAAUGCUGGCUCAGUGAAGCCUGCUUCUGAUCCAGGAGCUGAUGAGUCUGCCAGAAACAAACCAGAUCAUACGCCGAGCGAUCAGAAUGUGGCAAAAAGUGAGGUGCAUAAACCUAUUGAAUCUAAAGGUGCAGAAACUGGGUUGUCUGUAGAGGAAUAUUGUCGUCGUCAUGAAAUUACUGUAACUGGAGGAAAUGUGCCCCGACCAUUCAUCUCAUUUCAAUCCACUGGUUUUCCCUCAGAGAUUUUAAGAGAGGCACAACAAGCAGGUUUUUCUGCUCCAACUCCAAUUCAGGCGCAAUCAUGGCCAAUUGCUAUUCAAGGUCGUGAUAUAGUAGCCAUUGCCAAGACAGGAUCUGGGAAGACUUUGGGUUACUUAAUUCCUGGAUUUAUUCAUCUGAAAGAAAAGCGCAAUAAUCCUAAAAUGGGUCCAACUAUUUUGGUGCUAUCGCCAACAAGAGAGUUGGCAACGCAGAUACAAGAUGAAGCAGUGAAGUUUGGGAAAUCAUCUAGAAUAUCUUGCACGUGUCUAUAUGGGGGUGCACCAAAAGGGCCUCAGAUUAAAGACUUAGACAGAGGUGUUGAUAUUGUGGUGGCUACGCCUGGUCGACUGAAUGAUCUUUUGGAGAUGAAACGAGUUUAUCUCCAUCAAAUUUCAUAUUUGGUGUUGGAUGAGGCAGACAGAAUGCUAGAUAUGGGCUUUGAACCCCAAAUAAGGAAAAUUGUGAAGGAGGUGCCUCCACGUAGGCAAACCUUGAUGUACACAGCAACAUGGCCAAAGGAGGUGCGAAAAAUUGCUGCUGAUCUACUGGCGAACCCUGUUCAGGUUAACAUUGGAAAUUCUGAUGAGCUUGUUGCCAACAAGUCAAUAACCCAGCAUAUUGAAGUUAUAUCACAAAUGGAUAAGCGUCGUCGUUUGGAACAGAUAUUAAGGUCUCAACAACCAGGAUCAAAGAUAAUUAUCUUUUGCUCUACUAAGAAAAUGUGCGAUAUUCUUGCUGAAAACCUAUAUAGGCAAUUUGGAGCUGCUGCUAUUCACGGUGACAAAUGUCAGGGUGAAAGGGAUCAUGUGCUGAAUGAAUUUCGCACUGGAAAGGCCCCAGUGCUUGUAGCCACUGACGUUGCUGCUCGUGGAUUGGACGUUAAGGAUAUUAGGGUUGUAGUAAACUACGACUUCCCAACGGGAGUUGAGGAUUAUGUACACAGAAUUGGAAGAACCGGUCGGGCAGGUGCCACUGGAGAGGCUUACACUUUUUUCGGUGAUCAGGAUGCAAGACAUGCUUCCGAUCUUGUCAAAAUUCUGGAAGGAGCGAAUCAAAAUGUCCCUGCUGAACUUCGUGAAAUGGCAUCACGUGGUGGUGGGAUGGGAAGAGGAAGGCGCCAGUGGGGCUCUGGCUCUUCCGGACGCGAUGUCGGAUUCAGUGGACGUAAUGAUUCUUCCUAUGGUGGACGUAAUGAUUCUCCCUACGGUGGAAGGGGCAGCAGCGGAGGAAGGGGAAGUUGGGGAGCACCAUCAUCUCCUGAUAGACAGGACAAGUAUGGUUCUGGAUCAUUUGGUCAUGACUCAAACGCUACUGGAAGCUUUCAUCAGAAGAGCUUUCACGAGAGCAUGAUGGCUGCUUCCUAUAACAAAGAUAGAAGCCGAAGCAGAAGCCCCAACCGGAAUUCGGACUGGGCUAAUCAGAACUCCAGCGCAGAGAAAUUUGGUGGGGGCGCCACCAGCCAGCGCAGUUUUCAUGAAACUAUGAUGGCAGCGGCUCAAUCAAUUAAAUCUGAUGCUGCAGCCAUGCAAUCAGGAAAUGGACUUGACCACGGACAUAACACUGACCACAAAGAGGAUGGCAACGAUGCACCAACCGAACCAUCGAGGGAAGAUCAACCUGUUUGGGCCUGACCCGACAUGCCUAGGUACUCUUGCGUUUUGUUAAUAUGGAACGCGUUUCAUGGUCGAACCCCUGAUAUGCCCCGUAAACUUUUCUAGGGUGGGCAAAUUUUUGCUGUACAUGUUUUGGUGCACAACUUAACAUUGUCUUAGAAAGUCUCUUUUGUUGCUCCACAUGAUCUAAUGAUGCUAUUUUGUCA